AUGGAAGAAGAAAAAUUAGUUGUUGAAAAUGAUAUAACAAAUAAUCCUAUAAUGGAUAUACUGUAUCCUAAAACCAUGUCUUAUAUACCUAUAAAGAAAGGUGAUAUUUAUAAAACAGUUAUUACAGAUUUAAGAAUUAGACAUAUUGAAAAAAUACAAUUAAAAUUGCAUUUACCAGAAAUUAAAGGAAAAGGUACUGUUUCAUAUUUAAAAUAUUACCCUUUUCAUUUAUUAAAAUAUUUUGAAAUAUAUUAUAAAAAUAAUUCAAAUGAUAAAAAAAAACUAUUACAAAGGAUAGAUAAUGAAGAAAUGAUUAUGUGUUUAGUAUCAUCUCCAGAUUAUAAAAAAUAUUUAAAUUAUUGUUCUGGUAAAAAUGAUUCUUUGUGUAUAGAAAAAAAAAGGAACAUAUAA